GCUUCAUCAGCUACUUACGGCAGUAGCAACCGCCUCGUCGGAAGCUCCAUCAUAAUCUUGAACCUUUUUAUUGACUUUCGCAAAUAACCACUUCGAUUAUUCAUACAUCACAUUUAAUUUACAGCCUAGUCGAUACCCAACCUUCCACAAGAAUCCAGUCAACAUUUCUAUUCCGGUCCGGUCUCUCAAUACUCCCUUCAACUCUCAUCAACACAAACUAUGGCGUCAGACCAAGAACGAGAUCAUGCGCUUCAAGCGCUCCGUGCCAAACUCAUCGAGUCACGGGAGUGGGAAUCCAAGUUAAAGGCAUUGCGCGUAGGAAUCAAGGAGUUAGAGAAGGAUUUUAACCAGACCGAAGAGAACAUCAAGGCUCUACAAAGUGUCGGACAAAUCAUUGGCGAAGUCUUGAAACAAUUGGAUGAGGAAAGAUUUAUCGUCAAAGCCUCCUCGGGGCCCCGCUACGUCGUCGGCUGUAGAUCCAAGGUGGACAAGGCGAAGUUGAAGCAGGGAACCCGAGUUGCGCUGGAUAUGACUACACUUACCAUUAUGCGAAUGCUUCCUCGAGAAGUCGAUCCUCUCGUCUACAAUAUGUCACUAGAAGACCCCGGUCAAGUCAGUUUUGCAGGUAUCGGUGGCCUGAACGACCAAAUCCGAGAGUUGCGUGAAGUCAUCGAACUACCGCUCAAGAACCCAGAGCUCUUCGUAAGAGUAGGCAUCAAACCACCCAAGGGUGUGCUAUUAUAUGGGCCUCCGGGUACGGGAAAGACUCUCCUGGCGAGAGCUGUUGCUAGUAGUUUAGAGACGAAUUUCUUGAAGGUCGUCUCAUCAGCCAUUGUCGACAAGUAUAUUGGAGAGUCUGCGCGACUAAUAAGAGAGAUGUUUGGCUAUGCGAAGGAACACGAGCCAUGCAUUAUCUUCAUGGACGAAAUUGAUGCCAUCGGUGGACGACGGUUCUCGGAGGGAACUAGCGCAGACCGAGAGAUCCAACGAACACUAAUGGAACUACUCAACCAGCUCGACGGUUUCGACUACUUGGGCAAGACCAAGAUCAUCAUGGCCACAAACCGACCCGAUACUUUGGACCCCGCACUGCUACGAGCCGGUCGUCUAGACAGAAAGAUUGAGAUCCCGCUACCGAACGAGGUCGGACGUCUCGAGAUUCUCAAGAUUCACUCCCAGAGCGUAGUUACCGAGGGCGAAAUCGACUUUGAGAGCGUGGUCAAGAUGAGUGACGGUUUGAACGGAGCAGAUUUAAGAAACGUGGUUACCGAGGCCGGUCUUUUCGCCAUCAAGGCCUACCGAGACGCCGUCAACCAAGACGACUUCAACAAGGCGGUGCGAAAGCUGGCGGAGGCCAAGAAGUUAGAAGGCAAGCUCGAGUACCAGAAACUAUAAGACAAGCACAGCGGACAUGAUAGUAAGGGAUAAGGAGCUCUAGUCAUUAAGCUUUUUGAUGCUCCCUUUCGAGGCACAUGGGGUAUACCAACCAAAGGGGGCAUCACGAAAGAAUUGCCAUUGGUACUACAUGCACCUAGCACAGAAAUAGGGGGGUAAUCAAACCAACUACAUAGACUAAGUCCUCCGUGUAAAAUUAUGUGUAGAACCCAGGCGAGGCUUUUCAUCAGUCUCACCUGUAAUACGAAUGAUGGAUUCUAGAUCCUA